UCGGUGUAUACUCAUAUGUCCAGCCUCGCAAACGGUCAGCUGUCCAGAUUUCAUGAGUGUGACACAGGACAAUACGCCCCACACAGCUUUCGACUGUCGUGUGGGCGUUGUCGACGGACGGUGCGAGGCCCAGAGUUGCAAACAGGUCGACACGAGCUCGCUCAGCCCCUUUCAACUCUCUUUCGAGUACCCUCCGCCCACUCGCCACCUCACACUAUAUCACAGCCGGACUAGCAGCCAUGCCCAAGGCGAGGUCCAAGAAAGCCGCCCAAGCUCGCCGCCGCACGCGCCGCCACUCGCCUUCGCCAUCGCCUCAGCCUGAGCCCGAAGCUGAUCGCCACUCGGUUACCCCGCUCGAACCUAACGACGCCACCGAUAAGAUGGAGGCGCUCGAGAAGAAGAGGGUGGAGGAUGAGGACAAGAUGGAGGAUGACGACGUCAAAGCCGAUGACGAGGCGAGCAAAGUCGAUGAUGAGGCAACCACGGCCGACAACGAGGACGCCGGCAUGCUCGAUGGCGAGAAAGCCGGUUCUCCUGAUCCCAUCGGCGCUACUCCUACGGCGGACCAGCCCACGUCGAUCGAGUUGGCCGACGCCGUGCCCAUUUCGACCGAGCCUGUUGAUGCUGUGCCGACGGUGAUCGAGCCAGCCGACGCCCAGCCCCUCUCGCCUGCGCCUGCCGACGCCCAUCCCCCCUCGCCCGAGCCCGUCGAUGCCCAGCACACGUCGUCGACGUCGCCCAUGACGCCCACGCCACCCGAGCCUGGGGGGGCCGGUGGGACCAACUCAGCACUGUCUGACCACGAGGACACGGCGUCUGAGGCGAGCCACGAGAGCUGGGACGUAUUCAAGAUCUACAAUGAAGUCAAGAGUCGGAGCGUCAUGGCCAUGGCGAUAGUCAAGGGGGAUGUGGAGAAUGGAGCCAAGACCGAGGGCGAGGAAAACAAAAGCGAGGCCGGCACACACGACGAUGUCAUAGAGAGUCCCGAGCCCGAAGCCAAACCCAAGGCGGCACGCCGGACGCGUGCCGCGUCUCCCGUCGUCAAGAAGCGGGCGCGCGAGAUCGCUUCGUCAGAGGACAGCAAGCCCGAUGUGCACGAGAAGAGGCGGUGCACGCGCAGCGCAGCAAAGCAGGCGAGCGUGAGUCCGUCCCCGAGCCCCACGAGUUCGGGGGGCAAGAAGGGGCAGCCCCAAGCCAUCAAACCGGGUGGCAAGGGCCGCCUGACCGGCGACGAGCUCGUCACGCUCUUCAAGGCGGCGCUGGGCGACGGGCCGAAGCGCGCCGUCUUCGACGACCUCAUCCCCGGCCGCACGGGGAAGCAGCUGCACGACAACUGGACGAAGACGAUCGAGCCGUACAUCAUCAAGGAGCUGCAGGAGAAGGGAAAGGAGAAGUGAGCGGCGGGGGCGUGUUUCUGUCCAUAGCAGCCAUACCAUCCGUUGUCCAUGCACGCUUUGGCCCGCUU